UCAGCAAAUUUCGAGUUUUUCGACCCUUGAAACCCCAUCGGACCAUCGAAAUUUUGGUUGGUAUCGACGUCGGAACUGAAGAGGACCAAUAGGAUACCACUUUCAAGCUGGUGGGUCCAAUAUUUUGGAUUUUAUCGGUAUUUGAAGUUUCCACGCGGUCGGCCGCCCAGCCAAGCCUAACGCCAGUACGGGGCUCCGCGGCAUCCCCGGCCUCGGCCCGAGGAGUAAAUUGCCCGGAACGAUGUCCGCAUCUACCAACCUGAUCGUAGACUAACCCUCAGCUAGAGGACCAGCCAGAAAUUCGACAGAAGCCCAAGAAAACAUGGAAGAGGACUUUAUUGAAGCCACCGAGGCUGACCCCGUGCAAGACCGAGACUAUAAGCAGCGCCUCAAGACGGCUGAGGAGCUGCGGGGGAGACCGACUCAAAAAGGCCAGCGGCGCAGCCGUAGCCGAAGCCGGAGCCGAGCACGGAGGCCACGUUGGUUCGGGGAGGAAGACUCGGACCAGGGCCAAGGCGGCGGUGGCAGUGGACACAAAUCACGGAGCCGAAGCCGCAACCGGAGCAGGAGCCAGAGUCGAGACUCCAUCAGGGCCGAAUCCUACCCUCCCCUGGCGAAGCAGACCAGCGGCCCGGGCCAGUGGCAGGGGCAGCAGCAGCAACUUCAGCAGAAGAGCAGUGGAGUCAAGAAUCGCCAUUUGACCGGACAUCUACAUCUGAAAACCAUGCUCGUUCAUUGUAAGUGGUAUUUUUAGUGAAUAAAUUCCGAAUUCGUGCUUUCA